AUGGGGGCUUUCCCUCACACUCGUCUGCAUCUGCUGGCCGCCUGCAAAGCGACGAGCAGCGCGACGAUCGCGAAAUGCAGCGCGAGUGCUGCAGCAGCUGCGCGAUCAUCGUUCGUCUCGACUGCCCCGUCACGUGCCUCGUCCUACCCCAUCGCCCCGCCCCUUCGUCCCCGCAUCUCCCCACUGCUGCGCCUUCGCCGCCCCCCCAUGCGCCCCCCCGUGCGCCCCCCCUGUGCUUCCCCACCCGUCCCGACCCUAUACGCACGCGAGGGCGGUCACUAUAAGGGGGAGGAAGUGGGGAAGGGGCCAACCGUCGUUGGCGCCCUAGACAGCGCCAUCCCGCUCCCCGCCCUCUUUUCUGCCGCGCCCUGCAACGGCGGACGCUUGGGGAGGGGGGUGCAGCCAAGUCCUCUUGAACCCCCCGCCCAUCCCUUAUCCUCCUCCUCAUCGCUACAACAGCAACUGUUGGGCAUGCCGCGUUGGAAGGGGGGGGGGGGGGGGGAGGAGGAGGGUGUGGGGGUGGCGGGUAUGGCAAGGCAGCCGCCCCCUCCUUCCUCUAACUUCUGUUGCAUCUCUCAUCUACUUCUCCUCCUCCUCCUCGUGACGUGGCUGCAACGUGAGGUGUCGGCGACGCUGCGGAGAGUGCUGGAGGUGCCUAUUGUGCACAUGAGCAGCAGGCAGUGGGAGCACGUGGCGUACAGGUGUGUGCCGUUCGUGUGCAUGAAGAACAUCCGCAAUCUCCUUUUCGCCUACGAUGAGGCGCGCUUUGAGAAGUACCUGGAGGACGUGAAGGCCGGCACGGCCAAGAUCACUGCUGGGGCGCUGCUGCCGCACGAAGUGGUGAAGGCAGCCAUUGAAGCAGCGGAGGACAUCAAUGAUAGCGUGGGCGAGCUCCAGUGGAAGGCCAUGAUGGCUGAUGUGCAGGGAGAGACGCUGGUGUAG